GCACGAGGUGCCAACAGGUUGCUACUUGUCAGCUUUGAGAGAUACACAAAUUCUGCGCCUUGUGAUUCAAGAUGAAGAAUUGGCAAUUCCAAACUGGGGAAGAAAAAGGUCUGUCCCACGGAGCUCAAGACUGGCAUGAGGACGGGACCCAAACUCUGAUUGAAUGGGGGGAAUAAACAACACUCCGCCUGGAUUACGGUUGCUCCGGCCUCCGACUGUGAUUGGCCAGUUCCACACCCUGUUCUUUGGGUCUGUGCGCAUGUUCUUUCUUGGCGUCCUGGGAUUUGCCGUUUAUGGCAAUGAGGCUCUACACUUCAGCUGCGACCCCGACAGACGGGAGCUAAACCUCUACUGUUAUAACCAAUUCAGACCGAUUACACCUCAGGUAUUCUGGGCAUUGCAGCUAGUAACUGUUUUGGUCCCUGGAGCUGUCUUCCACCUGUACGCAACCUGUAAAAAUAUUGACCAGGAAGAAAUCCUCGACAGGCCCAAAUACACCGUCUUUUACAUAAUCUCUGUCCUGUUAAGAAUCAUUCUUGAGGUCAUAGCAUUUUGGCUACAGAGUCAUCUUUUCGGGUUCCAAGUUCACCCCCUUUACAUGUGCGAUGCUAGCGCCCUGGAAAAAAUGUUUAACGUUACCAAAUGCAUGGUGCCUGAACACUUUGAGAAGACCAUCUUCCUCAGCGCAAUGUACACCUUCACUGUAAUCACCGUGCUGCUGUGCGUGGCUGAGGUUUUUGAGAUACUCUGUAGAAGAUUGGGCUAUUUGACCAGUCAAUAACCUGCAUGUUAUUCACUACAGAUUUUUUAGGUCAAAUAAUAAAUGCUCUCUUUUGUGCUGUUCCGUGUCUCUAAUCCAGGUCUUUACAUGGAGACAAAGGCCCCAAACGACAUACCUCUGCUUUUUCCAGCUGGGAGUUGACAUUCACAGGCCGUUUAUUUUUAUACUGCUGCAAUGGCAGUGUUAAAAUGAGCCAGCAAGCUUUUUGUAGAAAGCAAUUUGAGGUUUAACAGGAAAACAAAAAAAAUUACCCUUGCGCAUAUAUUACCAUUUCAAAAAUAGCUGCACUUUUUGCAGCUUUUAAUCUCCGAAGCAUUUUCCCAGAAUACGUUUAGGAUCCAGUGAUGCAGGAAAUGUGACAUACAACGAGUCCAUUACUAUAAUCACAUCACGUGUGGAGAUCUUAUUCAAAACCCUCAAUCUGAAAUUGGCUUAUUCUCCUAGAUGUACAAUAGUUUUUAAAUAAAUUAGUUGUCGCGGAACCAGCCAAUAGCCAAGAAAGUUCCCAGGCAAACAUGUUUAAAUAGCAAUUUGGCUUUUUGGAGUGGAGGUGUUGGUUUCUUCUAAAACUUUUUAAAAAUAGUAUCCACCUUGUAAACUAUAUAAAAUUUCCCACUAAAUUCAGAGAUACACAAGUUAAUUAUUAGUCAUGAUAAAUAAUAUCCUUUGGGAAUUAAGAUGAACCAAAACAGGCAAAUGCAACGGUCAUCUAUGCUGCCAGGUCCGUUAGCAUUGACUGCAACUUAUUCAUAUGUUGCUGGUAAAUUUGAACAUAUGUCUGGUAAGAUGAGUUUCAGUUUACUCAAAAAGUGCUGGUCACAGUGUGCUUGGAUACCUGGAGUUUUGACUGUGUUAUAUUUCCUGGCCAAACUCAUAGCCUGUAUUCUAUGCAUGGUGCCUUUGAAUUAAUCCCUGUGUAGUGAUCAGUGUGAAAAUGAUGACUUCUUGAAUUUUGUUUCUUGGUAUAUGUAAGUCAUUAUCAGGCAUCCAUCCAACUUCUGUGAUUACUCUCAGCUAAAUGUAUCAUCUCAGGUAUAAUACGGCAUACUGUGCACUGGUAUUUAUUUAUAAUGGGUGGUUUUAAAGUCUGUCCCCUUAUAUUUUGCUAAGGCUGAAGUACAUCUGAAUCAGUAGCAUUAAUAUGGGUAUGUUGUUACCUGAAUCACACUCUUCAAAAGCUUUUGUUGGAUGUUAUGUUUGCUUUAGUGAUUGUAUUUAUUUUAGGAACUGUGUGAUGUUGUUAGAUCACUGGGUAGCUGUCAGGCCAAAUCAAAUUCAAAUUAUGUCUGUUAUUUCAGUCUUGGUUAUGUGUAUUAUCAUCGCCAGUUUUUGUCAGUUAUUGUCAUUGUUCCAUUCUAUACUGAUGUACAGUAAAAUGCAUUAAAACAUGCCUUAAAAGGGGCAAACUUUAUGACCACCAUGUAUGUUUGACAUCAGACUGUUUGUUCUGUGUAGUUUUUAA